AUGUCCGACAAUCAAACUGUUUCUUUUCAAAGCACUGAAAUUUCCUGGUCACGACCUCUUCGAUUUUGGCUUUUGAUUGCUUUCGACAUUCCAUCGAUUAUAUGUUCGCUCUUUAUUCUUGAUCAUCUAUUAUCUAGUCGAACCCUACGUCAUGAUUUACACAAUCAUACAAUCAUUAUUUUACUUCUAUUGGUACUUGUCUUCCAACUGACCGAUAUUCCAUUGUACUUAGAUUUUAUUCUAAAAGGUAGAGUCGAACCACAAACCCCAAGUCGCUGCCUAAUAUGGUGGUUAGUAGAUCUUGGUUUCUACAAUACGGCUGCAAUCGUUCUUGCAUGGGCCUCUAUUGAACGUCAUAUUCUUAUAUUUCAUAUUCAAUGGCUUUCAAGUAAAAGGCAAUGUUUCUUUUUUCAUUAUAUUCCAUUGGUUAUUCUUCUUAUGUAUGCGACCAUUUACUACACAGUCCUCAUAUUUUUCCCACCAUGUAAACAGACGUAUGAUUAUACAUUACCUGUAUGUUCUGCUACUCCCUGUUAUCUUCUUGAUCCAGCACUUGGAAUAUGGGAAAUGGGUGUACAUGGUUGUUUAUGUACGCUAAUUAUUGCGUUUUUCAAUAUAACUCUCCUGAUUCGCGUUGUUCUGCAUCAAAAGCGUAGUCGUCGAAUAUUUCACUGGAAGAAAUAUCGUAAGAUGAUAAGUCAACUCCUCUUGAUUUCAAUGCUUUAUUUACUAUUUAAUUUGCCUAUUAUGAUUAUAUGGGUGGCUAGAAAUUGUGGACUGCUAGCUGAUGUCGGUGUCGAAGAACAGUUUGUCGCAUUUUUUCUCACUUAUUGGGUCAUGCUUCUGUUGCCGAUGGUCUCGCUUUUUUCUCUACCUCAUCUCAAGAAGAAUCUUAUGAGAUUAGUAUGCAAUCGAAAAACUCAACAAGCAAUUGUAUUCCCUUUGAAGAUAACACCAAAUGCUGCACCCGAUGUUCAUAACACUAUGAAACACACGAAAUGA